GCGAUCUCCUGCCUCGGCCUCCCAAAGUGCUGGUCCUCACACUCUGGACGCUCAGACCCUGGAGGGCAGCGAGGGUGGCAGCUGUGGGUUGUCGGGCAGGGCAGUCUGAAGGUCAAAAGCGUGGUCUCCUGAGUCAUGCGCAAGCACUGUCGACUUGGGCAAGUCACUUAACCCCUGAGCUUCAGUAUUCUCCUCUGCAAGAGGGAGGUGGCCGUCAUACCCACCCACAAAGAAGGGCUAUUCUAAGUGCUCAGUGAGGUCUGUGUGUCCCCAGGUGCCACCUGCCUCAGUGAGUGCUCAGCGGUCUUAGCCGUCCUUGAUCCUGCCUCCCUGGCAUCCAAGCUGCUGACACUCCCAGGUGUCCCUUGGCACCUCACCCUCUGGAGGGCACUUUACCUGCACCUUUGGAGCUGGGCAGCAACCAUUGAGCCUUCCUGCCAUCCUGCUCCUGCUGCUGGGGGACAAGGGUGGAGAGAAAUCCCUGGCUGAGGUCGAGUCUGAGGUGGGAGGGGCGUCCUGGUCAGCUCAGAGAUCUGGGUGGUCACACGGGCCUUAGAGAACAGAUGCUCGCUGGUCUCUGCAGGGCCACAGUGAGAUAGGGGCACCCCAGGGCUCAGCAGGAACAGCCGGGGGCUGGCGCAGCAGCUGUUAGGCAGGAGAUAGGAUCCUGAGCUGGGGUGGGGAACCUGCGUGACCUGCAGGUGGGUGGGCCAGGGGGCCUUCUCCCGACACAGACUCCCUCUGCGGCCUGUGCUGUGGUCAGUGAGGCCGUUUCAGGAGGAGCAGGAAGGUGGCGGGAACGCUCUGAACUUUGAGCCCCGGCUCUGUGGUCACGUUAGGGCUCAGCCGCAGGCAGGCCGUAAGACCCUGAGCAGGCGAGCAAGGUGUGCUCCCCUCUCAGGGGACCAGAGCAGGCUCUGCCACCAGGCCUCUUCCGGGAGUCACGCAGAUAAUGGGAUAAUGGGUGGGAAAACACUUCCCACCGGCAGGAGCUGAUGGAGGCCACAAAGGCAGCCCAGCGUGGGCUCGGGGACCAGACCUCGCAGCAAAUCCCAUUUCGGCCCAUGACUAGCGGGACAAGGCGCUGAGCCUCAGCUGUAAAUGGAGCUGGCAGGUCACCCCUCCCCUGCUAGGAACAGGAGACAGUGUGGCUGGAUGGAGGAAGCGCCCUGAGCUCUGUGUGAGCUUGUGUGAGGCCGGCAUGUGAGAGUCGCCCUAUUGCCUUGAAGUUAGAUAUUCCAGAUGGAAGAGAAGAGACGAAAAUACUCCAUCAGCAGCGACAACUCCGACACCACUGACAGUCACGCUACAUCCACGUCGGCGUCAAGAUGCUCCAAACUGCCCAGCAGCACCAAGUCGGGCUGGCCCCGGCAGAACAACGAAAAGAAGCCCUCCGAGGUUUUCCGGACAGACUUGAUCACUGCCAUGAAGAUCCCAGACUCGUACCAGCUCAGCCCAGAUGACUACUACAUCCUGGCGGACCCAUGGCGACAGGAGUGGGAGAAAGGUGUGCAGGUGCCCGCCGGGGCCGAGGCCAUCCCGGAGCCCGUGGUGAGGAUCCUCCCGCCGCUGGAAGGCCCCCCUACCCAGGUGUCCCCGAGUGGCUCUGUGCUUGGCGAGGGCUCCCAGCCUGACUGGCCAGGGGGCAGCCGCUAUGACCUGGACGAGAUCGACGCCUACUGGCUGGAGCUCAUCAACUCGGAGCUCAAGGAGAUGGAGAGGCCGGAGCUGGACGAGCUGACGCUGGAGCGUGUGCUGGAGGAGCUGGAGACUCUGUGCCACCAGAACAUGGCCCGGGCCAUCGAGACGCAGGAGGGGCUGGGCAUCGAGUAUGACGAGGACGUUGUCUGUGACGUGUGCCGCUCUCCCGAGGGCGAGGAUGGCAACGAGAUGGUCUUCUGUGACAAGUGCAACGUCUGUGUGCACCAGGCAUGCUACGGGAUCCUCAAGGUGCCCAUGGGCAGCUGGCUGUGCCGGACGUGUGCCCUGGGUGUCCAGCCAAAGUGCCUGCUCUGCCCCAAGCGAGGAGGAGCCUUGAAGCCCACCAGAAGCGGGACCAAGUGGGUGCACGUCAGCUGCGCCCUGUGGAUCCCGGAGGUCAGCAUUGGCUGCCCGGAGAAGAUGGAGCCCAUCACCAAGAUCUCGCAUAUCCCAGCCAGCCGCUGGGCUCUGUCCUGCAGCCUCUGCAAGGAGUGCACAGGCACCUGCAUCCAGUGCUCCAUGCCUUCCUGCGUCACGGCGUUCCACGUCACAUGCGCCUUUGACCACGGCCUGGAAAUGCGGACUAUAUUAGCAGACAACGACGAGGUCAAGUUCAAGUCCUUCUGCCAGGAGCACAGUGACGGGGGCCCGAGGGGUGAGCCCACGUCAGAUCCUGCGGAGCCCAGCCAGGCUGGCGAGGACCUGGAAAAGGUGACGCUGCGCAAGCAGCGGCUGCAGCAGCUGGAGGAGGACUUCUACGAGCUGGUGGAGCCGGCCGAGGUGGCCGAGCGGCUGGACCUGGCCGAGGCACUGGUGGACUUCGUCUACCAGUACUGGAAGCUGAAGAGGAAAGCCAACGCCAACCAGCCGCUGCUGACCCCCAAGACCGACGAGGUGGACAACCUGGCCCAGCAGGAGCAGGACGUCCUGUACCGCCGCCUGCGGCUCUUCACGCACCUGCGGCAGGACUUGGAAAGGGUUAGAAACCUGUGCUACAUGGUGACAAGGCGCGAGAGAACGAAGCACGCCCUCUGCAAACUCCAGGAGCAGAUAUUCCACCUGCAGAUGAAACUGAUUGAGCAGGACCUGUGUCGAGAGAGGUCUGGGAGGAGAUCGAAGGGCAAGAAGAGUGACUCGAAGAGAAAAGGCCGCGAGGGCCCCAAGGACAGCCCCGAGAAGAAAGAGAAAGUGAAGCCGGGGCCCGACUCAGUGCUGGGGCAGCUGGGCCUGUCCACUCCAUUCCCCAUCGACGGGACCUUCUUCAACAGCUGGCUGGCGCAGUCGGUGCAGAUCACAGCGGAGAACAUGGCCAUGAGCGAGUGGUCGCUGAACAACGGGCACCGCGAGGACCCCGCCCCGGGGCUGCUGUCGGAGGAGCUGCUACAGGAUGAGGAGACGCUGCUCAGCUUUAUGCGGGACCCCUCGCUGCGACCGGGAGACCCCGCCAGGAAGGCCCGCGGCCGCACCCGCCUGCCUGCCAAGAAGAAGCCGCCACCGCCACCGCCACAGGACGGGCCCGGUUCCCGGACGACUCCAGACAGACCGACUCCCGACAAACCCCCCAAGAAGCCCUGGGGCCAGGACGCAGGCAGCGGCAGGGGGGGCCAGGGGCCUCCCACCCGGAAGCCACCACGGCGGACGUCUUCUCACUUGCCGUCCAGCCCUGCAGCUGGGGACUGUCCCAUCCUAGCAGCCCCUGAAAGCCCCCCACUGCUGGCCCCUGAGACCCCGGACGAGGCAGCCGCAGCGGCUGCUGACUCAAACGUCCAAGUGCCUGGCCCCACAGCGAGCCCCAAGCCCUUGGGCCGGCUCCGGCCACCUCGAGAGAGCAAGGUAACCCGGAGAUCGCCGGGUGCCAGGCCUGACGCCGGGACUGGGCCGCCUUCUGCUGCAGCCGAGAGGCCAAAGGUCAGCUUACAUUUUGACACCGAGACUGAUGGGUACUUCUCUGACGGGGAGAUGAGCGACUCAGACGUAGAGGCUGAGGACAGCGGGGUGCAGCGAGGUCCCCGGGAGGCAGGGGCUGAGGAAGUGGUCCGCAUGGGGGUCCUAGCCUCCUAACUCACCCCAUCCUUGCCCUGGGCCCUGCCCUGGUCCCCCCACAAGGCCUCAGCCCAGUCACAACUGCCAUUUCCAAUCUCUGCCGAGUGUCCCAGACCCUCGAGGCUGCCACUCUGUCGUGGUUUUAUUUUUAAUAUAGAGAGAGUUUUGAAUUCUA